AUGAUUUUGAUCUUAUUGUUUGUGUUGUCGGACAGUUUAAAGUGGUGUAAAAUAGAAAACACAAUUAUUUGUGUUUAUACCAAUGUCGGAUGUCCGACUUCGUAUCAAUGGUGUGUUGAAGGAUUGUUAAUAUCGAUAAGUAAAUUCGAUAUGAAUACUACAAUAGAAUGUGGUAUAAACACAAAACUAAAUGUAAAUCUGCCAAAUGGAACCGAAAUAAAAAUGAAGUUUACUGAUAAACAAAAAGAGUUUAAACUUGAAGAAUAUAUAGUCAAUAAAAAAACAAAGGUUAAAAAAGAAACGUGUUAUGUUUCAAAUUGUAACACUUGUAAAAUGGGAAAUCCCAAUGUUUGUAUGGUUUGUAAUGAUGGAUAUUAUGUUUACGGUUAUGAUAAAAGUUCGUGUAAUCGAUGUGCUAACUCUGUGUGUAAACAAUGCAAUUCAUAUACAUCUCAGUGUUCUUCUUGUUAUGAUGGAUUAUAUUUAAACAGUGAUUUUGAGUGCGAUUAUUGUAGCAGUAAUUGCAAAACAUGUAGUUCUAAAGAAAUAUGUACAGAUUGUAAUAAUGGGCAAUAUUUGUUAAAUGGAAAGUGUUUAACUUGCCAAUUUUGUCAUAAUUGUGGUACUCAAACUGGAUGUUCACAAUGUUGGGAUGGAUAUUACAAAGAAAACAAAGGGUGUACGCUGUGUGAUCCCAAUUGUAAUACAUGUGGACAAACUGGUUGUACUUUAUGUAAGAGCACUUUUUAUGUUGAAGGAAAAAGAUGUGGAAAAUGCACACAAAAUUGUAACGAUUGUAAUGGACCAAAUUACAACCAAUGUAUAACAUGUGAAGCAAAUUACUACAUACAAGAUGGAGUUUGUACACAAUGUGAUCCAAACUGUCGAAUUGGAUAUUGUAGCCAUGAUAAUGGAUGUACAAGUUGUAAAGAUGGUUAUUAUAUAACAGAAACAAGAUGUUCAAGAUGUUUAUCUCCUUGUACGUCAUGUAGUGGACCUGGAAAUGAUCAAUGUUCAGCUUGCCAAACGGGAUAUUAUCUUUAUAAUUCUGGUUGUUAUCAAUGUGAUACAAAUUGUGUUACUGGAUAUUGUUUUGAUAACCAAGGGUGUACCGAGUGCAAACCUAAAUAUUAUAAAAAUGGGUUGAAUUGUGCCAGUUGCCACGCCAGUUGUAAAACAUGCAGUGGAGGUACACAGUCGAGUUGCACUUCUUGUGAUUCCGGUUAUUAUCUUGAUGGAGGAGUUUGUAUGGCGUGUGAUACAAACUGUGUGAAUGGGAGAUGUGUAGAUUCACAAGGAUGUACCCAAUGCCAAAAUCAUUUUUAUGUGAGUGAAAAGGGUUGUGCUGCAUGCCAUUCCAAUUGUUUAACAUGCUCUUCAAAUGCCGAAAGCACCUGUUUGUCAUGUGUAAAAAAUGUUCGUUAUCUUGAUAAUGGGUAUUGCAAUGAAUGCGAUUUAAAUUGUGUUUAUGGUAAAUGUGUUGAUAUAUCGGGGUGUACGGAAUGUCCAGUAAAAUAUUAUGUUAAUAACAAGAAGUGUUCUGCGUGUCAUCCAACAUGUUAUACAUGUUCUUCAAAUAUGGAAAACACAUGUUUGACAUGUGAAAGGGGAAUAUAUUACAAUAGUGGAUUAUGUACAGUUUGUGAUACAUUAUGUACUAAUAACUGUGAUACGACUCUUGGUUGUACGUUGUGCCCCGAUGGACAUUUUAUCGAGAACAAAAGAUGUUCUCCAUGUGAUUCAAAUUGCAAGACAUGUUCCAUGCAAAGUACACACUGUCUAUCUUGCAAAGAAAAUACAUAUUUUCAAAAUAAUAAAUGUUUACAAUGCAGUCCUUAUUGUUUUACAAAUAAGUGUGAUACUGUCCAGGGUUGUACCGAAUGCAUAAAUGGUUAUUAUAAAAACAAUAUGACUUGUUCUAAAUGUCACGAAGAAUGUCUUACAUGUGACAAUGGUUCUAAUAAUGAUUGUCUAUCAUGUACAGACAAGGUUCGUUAUUUGGUCGGAAGACAAUGUGUUUUAUGCGACACAAAUUGUGCACAAAAUAUGUGUUUAAAUACAACCGGAUGCACUCAAUGCAACCAACACUAUUUCAUUGAAAACAGAAGCUGUUCAUUAUGUCAUGAAACGUGUCUGACGUGUUCAAACAACCAAGUAAAUGGGUGUUUAACAUGUGAAAAAGGAAAAUAUCUCGACAACAAUCAAUGCGUUGAAUGUGAUGAUAAUUGUGAAGUAAACAUGUGUGAUGUUGUGAGUGGAUGUCAAAAAUGCAAAGUUGGAUAUUUUCCAAAAGAAAAACGAUGCUCUCCGUGUAGUAAAAUGCCAAAUUGUGUAACAUGCAGUCAAACAGAAAAGUAUCAAUGCACAUCUUGUAGAGUCAGAUUUGUAGUCACUAAUUAUCAAUGUGAAUGUCCAAGCCACCUUUACCAAAACAAUUCAAGUAGUUGUGACGAAUGUUAUAACAUUAAACCCAAAUGUAAGUUGUGUCAGAAUUACGGAAAUUAUGGAACAGAAUGUAAAAUAUGUUAUCCGCCUUUUGAACUCUUUGAAGGAAGUUGCGUUGAAUGCAAAAGCUACACAAAUUAUAUUGGAAGUGUUUGUGUAAAUAACAAUGGAAAUUGUGAACUUCAGAAUGGAGAAAACGAAUGCCUGAAAUGUCCAACUGAAUAUCAUUUAAGGAAUAAAACAUGUAAACCUUUUGACAACAAAAAUUUGUGUGAAACAAACUCAAAAAUCACUUGUGAAGAUUGUGGAAAUGGAAUCACAACGACUGGAAAUUGCGAAGAGUCGAGCUACAAAUAUUAUUAUAAAAAUAAAACAACGACAAUAUGUCUUCAAUGCAACGAUAAUAACCAUUUUGAUACAAAUGGAAUUUGUGAAAACAACAAUAAAAACUAUUCAUAUCUUAACAAUGUGGUUUUUAAAUGUAAUGAGGAUCAAUACCUCGAUAAUAAUAAUUUGUGUCAUAAUUGUAAAGAUGAUCAAACAAAUAGCAUAAAAUGUAAAAUGGUGAAUUUUAAAAUACAUUGGAUUAACUGUGAAAAUAACAAAGUGAUUAACACAAAUAAAGACAUGUGUAUUUCACACGAUAAAUGCGACACAGUUGAUGGAAAUGACUGCGUGAGUUGUGUUGCAAAUAUCAAUACUUAUAUUAAAGAAAAUAUGUGUAUAAAUUGUAACAUAAAUGAUUGUUUAAAUUGUCUUAAUGGUAAAUGUAUCACUUGUUCAGAUGGGUAUCUAUUGACAACAACCAACCAAUGUGAAACAAAAGAAACAUAUAAUUGUGAAAUAAUAUUUUUAAACAAAUGUAUAAAGUGUUUACUGAUGUAUAUAAGAGUUGAAAAAAACACGGAUGAUUCACAAUAUUGUAAAAUAAUUGGUAAUGACAUUAAAUAUGCAACCAAGUCUUUUAUUAACUACAUGGUUGUUAUAUAUGAAUGUAAUAAUGGAUUUCUAUUAUAUGAUGGAAUUUGUAUAAACAAAAUCAGCCAAGCUAAACAAACUGAGAGUGAAACGGAUAGAUGUCAAAUUAAAUCAUCAAAAGGGUGUAUUUCUUGUUUGGAUGGAUAUUACUUAACAAACAACAGUUGCAACAAAUGUGAAAACAACUGUAUGACUUGUUUUAAUUCAACAUAUUGUUUGUCAUGUCGUCCAGAAUUGGAGUUUUUAAAUAAAGAUAAUACAUGUGAACCAACAGAAGACUUUUUCAAAAAGUGCAAAAAAGAAAUGCCAAACAUGAUUGGGUGUGCACUAUGCAAAGAGGGGUAUUACAGAGAACAAAGUGAUUGUGUUGCUUGUGACUCCACGUGUGCGGGGUGUAAAGAUAAAAUUUCGUGUAUUACAUGUAAAUCAAAUUAUUUCUUGAUACCAUCAGAAAUGUUGACGUGUCAAAGUUAUUCAGGACUUGUUGGAUGCGCAGAUAAAACGCAAUUUGGUUGUAAACGAUGUGAAGAGGGGUAUUACUUGGACUCGAUUAUUCCUCGGUGUAAAACAUGUAUUGAAAACUGUUCAAAGUGUUCAAAUAAAGAAACGUGUCAAGCGUGCCAAAAAGACAAGAUAUAUGUCAACAACAAGUGUGUUCAUUAUACUCAUUUUAAGUUUUGUAUUGAAGCGUUUAAUAAUGAAUGUUUGAAAUGUAGUCAAGGAAAACAACUUAGUGAUGAUAGAAAAUUAUGUGAAGACACCUCAAACACAGUUUUGAUAACAAGUCUAUCAGUCACUUUUGUAGUAAUAGUUAUUAUUGUAGUUAUAGUACUAUUAUUUACACUUUCCUAUUUGUACAAUUACUUUGGAAACAAAAAGAAGAUGCAAAAUGUUUGUGUAUUCAAAAUGAAGCGAUCAAAUGUUGCGUUUUAUGAUAUCAAUGAAUGGCUUGUAUCCAACAAGAAAACACUUGUCUUUGUUAACGAUGACAAUGAAAAUAACGACAUUCCAGUUGGUAAAGAAACACGCGAAUUGUUGUGUGUUGGAAACAAGUCGAAAAAUACAAUUAAAAUCCAGUUUAGUGUUUUAAAAGAAUGUGAGAAUUACAACAUCAGAACGGAGCCAAGUUUGGUAAAUUUAAAAAGUGGAGAAGCGUGUGAAUUUGAAAUGUUUUUAACACCAAUUUGUUCUUGCAACAUCGAAGAGAAAAUUGUAUGUGUUGGUCUUGAUAUUCAAAAAGGUUUACAAAUGGUCCAACAAAUACCAAUAAGUGCAAAAACACAAAUGACAACACACCUUGAUUACCAUGAGUUACAAGAGGAAAAACGACUUGGUGAAGGCUCGUUUGGAAUUGUGUAUUUGGGUGAAUUUAGAGGAUACAAAGUUGCAAUUAAAAAAAUGAAAGAGGGGUGUGAUGACGAAAUAAAAAUUACAGAAUUUGAAAAGGAGGUUAAUAUGUUGGAUAAAUUUAGAAGUGACUAUUUGGUCCACUUUUAUGGUGCUGUGUUCAUACCAAACAAGAUAUGUAUGGUCACUGAAUUUGCUCAAUUUGGCAGUUUGAACGACUUGAUAAAGAACAAAAAUAAAAUAACAAUACAAAAUGAAAUUAAAAUAAAAUUCAUGAAUGAUAUGGCAAAUGGGUUGCUUUACUUACACACAAAUGGGAUUGUACAUAGAGACAUCAAACCAGACAAUUUACUUGUGUUUUCACUUGAUCUCGACGACAAAGUGAAUGCGAAGUUGACUGAUUUUGGAAGUGCAAGAAAUAUUAAUUUACUGAUGACGAACAUGACAUUCACCAAAGGUAUUGGAACACCAGUGUACAUGGCACCAGAGGUGUUGAAAAAAGAAAAGUACAAGAAGAGUGCAGAUAUCUAUUCAUUUGGUGUCACUUUGUACGAAACUUUAAAAUGGGAAGAAGCAUACGACAAAGACAGGUUUAAGUUUCCAUGGAAAAUAGCAGAAUUUGUGAUUUCGGGUAAACGACUUGAGAGAAAUGAAAAUAUGAGUGAAGGUCAAUAUGAAUUGAUUCAAAAAUGUUGGAGUCAACAACCAAAAGAUAGACCAAAUAUCAAUGAAGUGGUCAAUUUUUUGAAAACAAUAUAA